AUGUUUUUUAUAAUCUUAUUUCUAUUGGUUUCUGUUGUAAAUACACAAUAUUAUUCUCAACAACAAUAUCCCUCGAAUAAUUAUAAUUCUUGGCUAUCUAAUUCACAAAAUUAUCAACCAUGGAAUCAAGGAAUCCAGCAAAAUCGAGCAUAUGUUCGUGGAAAUCUUUUAAGUGAAGAUACAUCUACAUUACCAUAUGGUUCACAAAUAAUUGUAUCAAUCAAGGAUGUUUCCAUUCAAGAUGUAGCCGCAGGUCCAUUAAAUUCAGUUGUUCUUACUGGAUCUUAUCGAUUUCCAAUCGCUUUUCAAAUUCCAUAUUCAAUCGCACAAAUACAACAAGAUCCAAAUACGGUACGAAGAUAUGCUCUUCAAGCACGCAUUGAAAUAAAUGGUCAACUACUUUAUAUCAAUGAUCAACAGAUUCCAGUACAAUUAAUUCCUGCACCAAUCAAUCCAAUUAAUAUUAUGUUGAAAAAAGUUGGUACACCAAGUUAUCCUGGACCUGAUAUUUCAAUCUAUCCAACAAGACCUCCAACAAUCGGUGGAGUCUACAUAUGUCAAUUGAGACCAGAUCCUGGUCUUUGUUAUGCAAGUAUUGAACAAUAUUAUUUUAAUACUCAGUCGCGUUCAUGUCAGACUUUUACAUGGGGUGGUUGUGGUGGAAAUCAAAAUCGUUUUGCAACUCGAGAUGCAUGUGAACGUACAUGUUCAAUAUAUCGACGACGAAUCCUUAAUAAUAAUGCAAAACAAGCACCAAUUGGUUAA